AUUGAAAUAGACAAUACAAGUGGAGGUGUCUACGAGGCCUGCACACACUACAACACUCGACCAGGUUCCAAUUCCCUCACUUUCCCCUUUCUUGGCUACAGAGUAAGCGGAUCGGCCAUCUCUUGUUGAUAGGAGGAGCCCUUCAUUCCAGGGAUUCCGCCAUGAACCCCGAAUAUGACUAUCUUUUCAAGCUUUUGCUCAUUGGUGAUUCUGGGGUUGGAAAAUCAUGCCUUUUGUUGAGAUUUGCGGACGACUCAUAUUUGGAGAGUUACAUCAGUACAAUUGGUGUUGAUUUUAAAAUUCGCACAGUUGAGCAAGAUGGGAAAACCAUAAAGCUUCAAAUUUGGGAUACUGCAGGGCAAGAACGCUUUAGGACAAUAACAAGCAGCUAUUACCGUGGUGCUCACGGGAUUAUCGUGGUUUAUGAUAUUACUGAUCAGGAAAGCUUCAACAAUGUCAAACAAUGGCUGAAUGAGAUUAAUAGGUAUGCUAGUGAAAAUGUGAACAAGCUACUGGUUGGAAACAAGUGUGAUCUGACUGCAAACAGAGUGAUCUCAUAUGAAACUGGCAAGGCAUUUGCGGAUGAAAUUGGGAUACCCUUCUUGGAGACAAGUGCAAAAGACUCAAUGAAUGUAGAGAAGGCUUUUAUGACCAUGGCUGCCGAAAUCAAGAACAGAAUGGCGAGUCAACCAACAAUGAGCACCAGUAGACCUGCUACAGUGAGAAUACAGGGUCAACCAGUAGCUCAGAACAGCAGUUGCUGUUCCUGAUUCAACAUCAGGAUGAAUUAAGUCCUCGAUCCUGAUGAAUGCUUUAUAUAAUAUGGUUGUGAAAGACAUGAUGUAAAUGAUCAGAUUAUUUCAGGAAUUUUCUAUGAACUUUGGGUGAAGCACACAUUACUUUUUUGUAGUCAUGAAAAUUGAAAACUAUUGUUCUGCUGUCAUGAUUCA